AUGCUGAAGAAGACAGACAAGAAGAAAGACGACAAGAAGAAGAAGAAAGAUGACAAGAAGGACAAGAAGGCCGACAAGACGGUGAGGAAGGGAACGACCGAGUCGCCUCGCGCGGCUCCUUCCCCGAGCGGAAGUGCUGGCGGAUCGGCCAUCGAUGGCAUGCCCUCCAACAGUGAGCUUCAAGAGAUGUUCGAGACUCUGUUGACGAACUUGGGCAUCGGCGAGGCGCAGAAGGAAGCCAUGCGCAAGAUGCCCAACAGGGACAAGUGGAUGCUGAUCCAGCAGAAGAAGGCCACCCCCAAGUUCGACACCCAGACGCCCGAAUUCUACAUCCAGAAGAUGAAGGAGAGCAGCCUCAGCCUCAAGCAGCUGGAGGAGCUCCGCAUCUUGCUCGGUGGUCAGCCCGUCGAGUGGGUCGAGAAGUUCUUGAAGAUGGGCGGUCUCACGCUCCUGUUCGACGCGCUCGCCCGCAAGCAGAAGUCCUUCAAAGGAGGAGAGGACACCGAGUUCAUCAACGAAUGCGCCCGGGCCCUCAAGGCUCUCAUGAACUCGCAGCCCGGUCUCGAGGCCGUGAUCACGUCCGAGAGCUCCAUUCCGUGCUUGGGCGAGACGCUCGACUAUGUCACCGGCAGGAUGAAGACCGUCAUCGUUGAGGUCCUGUCGGCCUUGUGCCUGCUCUCGCCGGAGGCUCACCUCCAAACGGUGAAGGUGAUGAAGGCGGCGCCCGUCAUCGGCAAGCAGCCCACGCGCUUCGCCGAGCUGAUGGCGAGCCUGGACACGGACAACGUCGAUCUCAAGAUCACCGUGAUGCAGCUGAUCAACGCCAUGCUCUCGACCGGCGACGACGACGACCACAAGGAGAUCAAGGAGACCUUCACCAUCGACAAGGUCGUCGACACCCUGCGUAAGGGUCAGAUGAAGGAGGCCCUGCACGUGCAGCUCGACAUCUUCGACCAGAUGAUGGACGACCUCAGCCACAGCGAGGACGUCAUCGAGCUCUUCACCCAGCUCGCCAACCAGGUCAAGGGCACGCCCGCCUACGACGUCCUCACCCACGUCCUGCAGCACUUCAUGCUCGUCCGCAAGGAGGGCAAGCAAGGUAAAAUGUCGUGGGAGGUGAUCGACAAGUUCAUCCAGAUGGCUGCCUCUGCCGAGGAGCACCCCAGCGACGUUCAGCUGGGCCAGGCCGUGUGCAAGGACUUCCUGAAGCUCAUCAACGGUUCGCUCGACGUCGAGUCGCUCGCGGAGGCCCGACAGGCGCUGGGCGACGUGCUCGAGGACGAGAGCCUUUCGGCCGACCAGAAGCUCAAGACCCUCGUCAACAAGUACUCCGAGCUCAACGAGGAGAGCGAGAUGCUCCGCAUCAGGAUCAAGGAGCUCGAGAAGAGCGGCGGCUCCGGCGGUGGUAGCGGCGGCUCUGGCGGCGGCGGCGAACUGACGCCGGAGAUGAAGAAGAUUCUCGAGAACGCCGAAAGCACCAACCAGAAGCUGAGCCAGAUCAUGCUGGAGCUGACCACCGUCAAGGAGGCCAAGGAGGCCCUCGAACUCAAGCUCAAGGAGGUGGGACCCGUCGCCGUCUCGGCCGCCACUGCCGUGGCCGCUGCUCCCCUCCCGCCCCCGCUGGUCAUGGAUGCCCCGCCCCCACCUGGCGCACCGCCGCCGCCUCCCGCCCCUGCCGGUCGACCCAAGAAGGUGCAGCCCAAGCUCAGCCGACCGGAGGUCAAGAUGAGGCAGUUCAACUGGGCCAAGCUUCCCGACCUCAAGACCAUGGACACCGUCUGGGGACCCGGUGGUGCUUCGGACGAGAACGUGAAGCUGGACCUGAACGAAAUCGAGCAGCUCUUCUCGCUGGCCGAGGCCAAGAAGGUGGAGAAGAAGGACGAGGACGAGCCCGCCAAGAAGCAGGCCGUCAGCGUGCUCGACCCCAAGCGCGCUCAGAACACCUCCAUCAUGCUUGCCCGUUUCAAGAUGCCCUACGCCGACCUGCGCAAGGCCAUCGAGGACCUCGACGAGACCAUUCUCACCGUGGACAACCUCACCUCGCUCAAGCAGUGCAUUCCCACGCCCGACGAAAUCGCCGCCCUGAAGGAAAUUGAGGAUCCCGCGACGCUGUCGGCUCCCGACAAAUACUUCCUGGAGGUGUCCAAGGUCCAGAACAUGGGUCCGCGUCUCGAGUGCAUGCUGACCAAGAACACCUUUGCCAAGAAGGCCGAGACCAUCAACACUUUUGCGUGUUUCUGUCCAAUGCGCUAA